AGCAAUGGCUGAAAAACGACUAACCAGUAAUCUUCCUGAAGAAAUAAUGGAAGAAAUUUUAUAUAAUCUUCCGAUAAAAUCGGUGUUGAGAUUCAAGUGCGUUUCGAAAUCAUGGCUCUCUACCAUCUCCAGCAAAACAUUCAUCAAAGAUCACCUCAAGAGAUCGAUUGCCGAAGACGAAGAAAAACCAGGUUUGAAAGUUUUAACCAAUCGUAAGAUCCUCUUCAACUACGUCAAGCCCGCCGCCCGAUUGUCAUAUAGUAUAGGAUCUUUUUCUCUUUGUAAAAACCCUAAAAUCACACCGACUCUCUACGAUAUUCCCAUUCAAAACGUGGGUUUCAUGCAUAUCAUCGGAUCUUGUAAUGGACUAAUACUCAUCAUGAUUGAAGGAAAAUUAGUUCUAUGGAAUCCCUCAACUAGAAUAUACAGAGUCAUUCCGUCCCCCUCUUUCAACGAAGCGAUUUUCCUUCACGAUGGUCCGUUUCAUGUAAGAUACGGGUUUGGGUACGACGAGUCGAACGAUGAUUACAAGGUUAUCUGCAUUAAAGACACCAAUUACUUCCCGGAACCCUACCACUACGAGACGAGGAUGUACAGUUCAAAGACAAAUUCUUGGAAGAAAUUCGACAACUGCGAAAAGCAUCUUCACGGUACGCAUGACGGUAUUUUAGUCAACGGAAGGCUUCAUUGGCUGGUUCAAUAUAAUAGGAGUACCGGUAGUCGCGAUAUUGUCUCCCUUGAUUUGGCGGAGGAGAAAUAUCAAACUUUCUCGCAUGGUGUUGAAUAUUCUUCUGGAGUGGUCUCUUUGGUCGAACUCGGAGGCUACCUUGGUUUGAUGAAUUUAAUGAGUGGUGCGGAUGUGAAUGUAUGGGUUAUGAAGGAGUAUGGUGUUACAGAAUCUUGGACUAAAGUUUGGACAUUAUCGAACUUUAUAGAUCAAUUACCUCGCAAGUGUGUCGGUGACAUUGGCAAGUUAAAACCCUUGUGUUGGAGCAAGAAUGGAGAUAUUUCAAUUGCGUUCGGACAAUAUGUAGUUGUUUGUAACGGGAAAAACGUAUUGCGCAAGUCUCGAGUUGGUAGUGUGUUUGAGCAUAGAAUUCAACCCAUUGUCUACGUUGAAAGCUUAGUUUCUGCUUAGAUCGAACAUUAAUAGAUAUUCUUUGGGUUAGUUUCACCUUAUUCUUUGAUUAGUUCUUUGGUUAGUUUCACCUUUGAUCCAUCAACAUUAAAUUAAUACAUAUUUAUGUUUCUUAUUCUUUAGUUUUGGUACUACUCGUAAUUUUAUCUUCCA